UGGUUGCGGAUGUGUCAUAAACAGGUGUUGUUUGCCCCGGUUCCCGUUUGUAAACAGUGAAGUGGGACGUUUAAGUUUUCUUUUAUGGCAAAAUCUAAUUAGACAGAAACAAUUAGGCGGUCGAUAGAGAGAAGAAAAUGGAAAGCGCAUCCGAAGAAAGUCCGGGCUUAGUUCCAACCGAUUUAGAUACGACGGAAGGGGCUGACGUAACAAAUGACAGCAGCGAAUUGACUGCUGAUAUUGGGGAAGAUCAAGAGGGCAGCUCUGAAAAUGUCGAGGGUGAAGAAGAAUUAUCACCAGAUGCGGAAGCUUUAAAAGAAGAAUUAGCUAAAAUAGUUGUCCAUUCUCCUGCUAUAGAAAAGAUAGAAGAAAAAUUUGAUCCAGCUGAAUUUCCUGAUUCUUAUAAAAACAAUUUACCAAAAGAGUUACUGAUUUUACAAUAUUCUGAUAAUUUUCGUCGGCAAUAUGUCCACCUGUACCGAGAUAGAAAACCUUUAUUUUUAAACCCAGUAAAUGAGUGUGGAGUCGAGAAAUUUGUUUGUACGACUAUAAAUCCUACUCAGCUACCAUAUAAGGAAUUAUAUGAUUGGGAUACGGCAGCUGAGUUUGUGGCCGAUUAUUUAGAUUUUGAAACCUUGGAUCCACCAUAUGAACUCCCCACCCGGUUGUUAUCACCCACCACCGUGUUAAAACGACAGAAGGGAAACUGUUUCGAGUACAGCACUUUAUUGUGUUCCUUCUUGCUGUCAGCUGGAUAUGAUGCCUACGUUGUCAAUGGUUACGCUACAAAAGAAACUUGUCUUGCUGAUGAAACGAGAGAAAUUUGUCCGCUACUUACAAAGAAAGAACAGAAAGUGGAAGAAGCAAAAAAGAAAGAAUUAAAGAAAUAUACGGUGAAACCUCCACGAGAUCUACAGAGUAAGUUUGAAAUGAAAAUGGAGCAAAGAAAAAUUGCUGCCAAAGAAGCGGAAGAAGCUAAACGACGCCAGGAGGAGAUAGAAAGGCAAUUAGAGCUAGAGAAGCCACCACCAGAUCCACUUUAUGGUUUAAGAAUUCACACCUGGAUCCUGGUAUUAUCGGGUAAACGAGAAGUAGCCGAGAGUUUUUUUAUCGAACCGUUUACCGGGUUACCAUAUCCUGUUGACAGUACGAAUUAUCUGGGUAUUGAAUCGGUGUGGAAUAAUACCAACUACUGGGUUAACAUGCAGGAUUGUUCCAACGGUGUUCAGGGUUUGAGUUACGAUCUAGGUGAUUGUACGAGAUGGGAGUAUAUGUUUCCAGGUCUAGACAAACCGCUUCUACAAAUACCAGAAGCAGAAGAAGAUUUAAUGGCUGGCUUAGAUGAGGAAGAGGACGAAGAUAAGGAAAUAGAGAAACACCUGGAUAUGCCACCAACAUGGGUUGAACCAUUAAAAUUAUCUCUAAAAGAUUUUCAGAUGAGGUGUCCUUUAGGUAAAAAGAGCAAGUUAUACAAACGAGCUAAAUUGGAAAAAUUUGCCCAUUAUUUGAUGCCGGAUGGAUUGAUAUCUCGACUGUCUGUGUACGAUGAUCGUGAAUUGACUGAUUUAAUGUUGAUAAAAGAAUAUUACGCACAUCGCCAGGACAAACUACAUACCAAGAUACACAAUCACAGAACAGGCUGGAUAUCGGAACAUUUUUAUCCUGGCAGACAUCGUUGCUUAAAGGAACAUCAGUACAAAGCAAGUGCCCCAGCACCGGAGAAUGAAAGAACGAUGAUCUUUUAUAAUGAGGCUCGAGUGGACGGCUUGAAAAAACGGAUCGAGACACCGUUAGAAAUGACCGAACAUUUCGUCAACAGAGAUGACUUCAUGUUUUACAAACAUGUAGACUUCGGAAAGCGACAGAAAAAGUUCGGACCACAGGAGGGAAGUGGAUCAGGGAAUACAAGACCCAUUAACAAAAUGAUACAGAAAUUUCAUCGUAAUAAAUCAAAGCAGGCAAAUGAAGAUAUUGCAGAGUUGAUAUUCCUGAUAUCAGAAGAUAAGAUACAGAUAUCGUACCACACAGAGGACGCUCGUAUUGUCUCGUCAACACGGGAAUAUAUCAAACCCAGUAACUGGGAAGAAAAAGGUGCUACAUUAAAAUGGGAGUCAGAUCAGCUUCAUCAAACUUUCCAGGUCGAUGCUGACAUUAAGAGUAAAAAACAAGUGGAUAUUUAUCAAAUGAUGUUACAUUUAUUAAAAUGUGAAGAUGUUUGUAGAGAGAGAGUUCGAGAAUCAGAAGACGAGGUUCGUGAAAUCUUAAAUGGUAGGAGUAAAGAAGAUACAGAAUCAGAAUUAGAGAUCGGGGUCUACGAUACGGAGAGAAACGAAAAAGCUAAAACUCACAGAAAAGAAUUGGAGAGAUUACAACUAGAAGAAAAAAUGAGAAAGCAAGAAAUGGAGAUAGAUUAUUUGGCCCCGUUCCUGGCACAGAUCGGAGAUCCAGAAAAAGUUUUGCGUAAUCAAGCAUUUAAAUUGAAAGAGGAUUGUUUGAAUGACCUAAAACAAAGAUUAAUUGAUAAAGCUAAUCUAAUACAAGCCCGGUUUGAAAAGGAAACUCAAGAAUUACAGAAGAAACAGGCAUGGUACCAACAAAACCAGGUGAACAUGCCAAAAGAAAAUGAAGAAGAUUAUUUGAAUUAUUGUAGUGAUGCCAUGUUCCGUAUUCAUAUCUUGGAAGUUCGAUUAAACAGGUGGGUUAAAGUCGAAAAUCUCUAUUACUAA